CGACUGAAUGUCAGCAGACCCUAAACUCCACACACUUCAUUGACAGCAAGGAUGAAGUGCUUCAUCUUCCUGUUGUACUCAAGUCUUCUUCUGUUCGGCAAAUUUGUGCUAUCAGCCGCAUCUCCAGCUCCAGCAGCCGCAGCAGAACCAGUACGCACAGCAGGCAGGCAAGGAGGAACAGCAACAAUUGGUCAGAACACGAACCGCGGCCAGAAACGUAUCGGAGAUGACGAUGGGGCAGGUCCAAGCAAGAAACAAAGAAAUCCUCAAGCACGCGCAAUCACACCUGUGGCAAAGGGAACAUGCUAUGGCUUGAAGCUUCAACUCCUCUCGGUCUUUGAAAGAAGCAGCCAGGAGGAAUGCGAUGUGGCAUGCGGAGGCGAGCGACAAUUAUACCGAAAUUUCUUGAGAAGGACAGGUUCGAAACAUGCCGGACCACAGAGUUGUAUUCAGUCCAGUAUUUGUGUGAACACAAGACUCCUCUUUGUCACGGAAUACUGCUCUCUGUCACUGUAUCUAGCCAACAAACAACAAUAUCAAUGUCAUUGUGAGGCGACUCUCAUUGCCUUCCGAGUCCGCAAUGUCAAACCAUCAAACAUGUACUUACUGUCUAAAUACAUCGAGAAGCAGCGUAACUCAUCACUGCAAGGUAUCCGGCGCUAUCACAUCUUUGUGGCGGAUCGAUUGACUAAACCGGGUUGGAAAUUGCAAUCUGCAGCUUGGAAUCCUUUGGUAAAUUGCAAUGGUACCUCCUCGGAAGCAAUCGAACGAGAGAAUCUCUGUGCUUGCACCGAUAGGGGUAGGAAGCUUGACGGUGGGGAAUGUACCGGUGAUAUUGCGGCACAGAUGACCAUACGAGUGCCGCCUCCGAUCACUGGCAUUGAUCUCAAUAAAGAGCCCGAGCAAGAUUCAGCUGCAGCUGCCACUGGCUCAUCUCAACAGCCAAAUCACAAUCUGCAGUACACACAGACAUUCUCAAAUGAUGAUCUCGAUCCAAAUGAAGUGUGCAUUAACCCAACAAUUGCUCAAUUUGGUUAUUGCUCUCCAGGGCCUUAGCUUCACUGUCAAGUGAUAAAAACGCAGUCUUGGGAUCGACGCACGGCAGUUCCUCACAACAUGAUUUGGCAAUUGACACGCUAGCUUAUGCUCUUCUUCUUUCGGCUUUUCAACAACAUCUAUCAUGUUCUCUCUACUCACGCUCUCAUUCGUCUCACUCCCGACACCACUCAACAGGUUAUUCUCUCGCGUUCGCACUCGUCGACAUUCACCACGUUGUCUUUUGAUCCAUCCCUUCUUCAUCUCGCAACUCUGACAUCUCCAGGUCGGCUUCUGCUCUCUCGACAUUCAUCCUCUGUUAUGUUUCUCGUUCGAG